UAAGCAUGAAGCGCAGUUCGGUUUCCACUGGUGGUGCUGGCCGCCUCUCUAUGCAGGAUUUAAGGUCCCAGGACUUCCAUAAACAAGGCCUCUAUACCCCUCAAACGAAAGAGAAAACAGCCUUUGGAAAGUUGAGUAUGAACAAACCCACAUCUGAAAGAAAAGUUUCUGUAUUUGGUAAAAGGUAUAGUGGACAUGGAUCCCGGAAUAGUCAACUUGGUAUAUUUUCCAGUUCUGAAAAAAUUAAGGACCCAAGGCCACUUAAUGACAAAACAUUCAUUCAGCAGUGCAUUCGACAACUCUGUGAGUUUCUUACAGAAAAUGGUUAUGCACACAGUGUAUCCAUGAAAUCUCUACAAGCUCCGUCUGUUAAGGACUUCCUGAAGAUCUUCACUUUUCUUUAUGGCUUCCUGUGCCCCUCAUAUGAACUUCCUGACACAAAGUUUGAAGAAGAGGUUCCAAGAAUCUUUAAAGACCUUGGGUAUGUAUAUUUCUCAUUAAUACAUACUGCCAUGAAAGAAAAUUCACCUUUUUUUGAUGAUGGACAUCCUUGGGGAGAAGAAACUGAAGAUGGAAUUAUGUAUAAUAAGUUGUUUUUGGACUACACCAUAAAAUGCUAUGAGCAUUUUAUGAACGGUGCCGACAGCUUUGAAGAGAUGAACACAGAGUUGCAAUCAAAGCUGAGAGAAUAUUGGCUGGGCCUGAAUCGUCUAGAGUCAUUAAGAAAACUCAAAGCAUCCUUACAAGGCGAUGUUCAAAAAUACCAGGCAUACAUGAGCAAUUUGGAGUCUCAUUCAGCCAUUCUUGAUCAGAAAUUGAAUGGUCUCAGUGAAGAAAUUGCUAGAGUAGAACUAGAAUAUGAAACAAUAAAACAGGAGAACGCUCGACUACAGAAUAUUAUUGAAAACCAGAAGUACUCAGUUGCAGACAUUGAGAGAAUAAAUCAUGAAAGAAAUGAAUUACAGCAGACUAUUAAUAAAUUAACCAAGGACUUGGAAGCUGAACAGCAGAAGUUGUGGAAUGAGGAGUUAAAAUAUGCCAGAGGCAAAGAGGCG